AUGGCAAGGAGCCUCGGUUGUAUAUUCAGGGGCUUUCAACGCCUAGGCUCACUUUCAUCCUCCCAGACUCAACUCAUCCACCCUCCUCCUCCCAGGUUUUCAGUCAGGACCACCUCUGUACGGACCGUGGUGCAGGCACUGCUAUUGCUCUAUUCCUCCACACAGGACUUCAGCUUGCCUAACUCGUCGUGGAGCUCAGAAAUGAUGCAGCUGUAUGAGCAUUACAACAGCCAGUGUGAGGUGGAGAUGGAGGGAGGAGAGCAACAGAAAAGGCCUUGGCAGAAACUGCCAAGUUAUAGCCGCCUCCCCGAUUAUCCUACAGGUGGAGUGUAUCUUAGUGAGAUGAUCCAGUCAAAAGCUUGUUUUUUCACCCGUAACAUCACAGACCCAGGGGCUGCGUUUGAGUACGCUAUGUUUAUUAACAUUAAGGAGCAGAAGUGUGUGUGCAUUUUCCAGGCUGGACCACUGUUGGAGGGGGCGCCAGGACAUGUCCAUGGGGGGGCAAUAGCCGCUGUGAUUGAUACUGUGAUUGCGGCUCAUGCUGCUGUCCACUGUGGACCUGUUAUGACUGCCAACUUCAACAUCAACUUUCGCAGCCCCAUCCCACUGGGAAGCACCGUGUUACUUGAAUCCUGUGUGGAUAAGAAGGAGGGCAGAAAAAUCUUUCUCUCAUGUAAAGUGACGAGCACCGACGGCUCCAAAGUGCACACAGAAGCAACAGCACUGUUCCUGACAAUCAAUGCCAGCAACCUCGUGCAGAGAGUGAGACACAAACACGGCAGCCUACCACCUGAGGCCACAACGAGUGAGUGAAUGUGUGUUGCGAAGUUUCAGUACCAAGUAAUCAUAAAUAGCUGCACAAAUGUAUUAAUGAAU